UAUUUUUUUAAGGUGAAUUGCUGGGAAUGGAGCACCUUUACAGCCAGACCGGCAAAACCCUGAUUCCGGUGCUCCAGAACCCAGAGGAGGAAGACAGGCUGGUGGAGGAAGUAGAUGAUGAGGAUCUACAAGAUGACGGGUUUGAGGAGGAGAUCAUGGAGGACAUCACAGUUCCAGUGCUGUAUGAGGAUGACCCCUGCCGUGAUCUCAGAAACAGCCCCUCAUCUUCGCCUCUGCCUCAGUCCCCAGCAUCACUGGCUGAGCCGUCCACAUCAGCUGGUGGAGAAGGACAGCUUCCUAGCCCAGCCCCCUCAGUGCCGUCACAGCCAUCCAAGUCUGGAGACAGUCUCUCUGUUGAGGCUCAGGGAGUAGUCAUUGGACCUGAUGGCAUUGCUGGGUGGGACAAGGUGCAGGAUCUGGCUGCUUAUUUGGUAGGUCUUCGUGAGGCUCCUUACCUCACUGACCUGCAGGUGACAGAGGCCAUCCAGCUGUGGACAGCUCUCCUGGAUGUUGAUAAACAGCGCAUCAACUACCAGCCUCGACAUCAGCCUCAGCUGACACAUGGGCGCUUUAAGGCACCGAAGCGCUCCGGAGUCACUCCAGGUGUGGAGAGCGUCAAGCGCUGUCUGAUUGGACAUCCUGAGGGUCCCUGUGCCUAGCACCAGCCGCUUGGUUGAGGCCAUUUGUACAAAGCUGUGUGCCGUACACAAGUCCACUUCCAAGAAGGCUGGUGUUCGCACGCACAGGUGGUCUAAAAUACUGACCGAUUACCACCACAUCCGGGAUCUGGUGCUUGGCAGUCGCAGGCUGAUGGAUGAAACAGUGAUCCAGCUUUUUGAGCUACAUCAGAAGACGCUCAUUCAGUGGUAAGCAAAGCACAUUAUUUUCUUUAAAUUACCUGAAUACUUCCAAAUUAAUAUAUAUGAAUGAUACAUAUCAUUUAUUAUCAGGUUUCAACGGAGGCAAAAGGAUCAGGAAAUGAGUGUACUCCCUCAAGGACUGACUCCACUUGAUCCAAUUGCUGUGGCAGAUACGCAGCUUCCUUUGCCGAGGGGAAAAUUGGACGAGGCACCGACAACAUCAGGCCCCAAACACCAGUUUGUCUUUCCUCCAAAUAAAGAAGGACAGGCACCUCUUCUUCGACCUGGUCGAAAGUCUGCUUCUGCAACCACCACAGUUUGCUUCUUCCUGCCGGA